GACCAGCAUGCAGACAAGCACCCCGGGAAAAGCCUCGGCAGAGAGUGGAAUGUAUCCAAGACCUGUCGACCAGUUGCUACAUUUCUUCCUCGGUUGGUGUUUCUAGAACCGUAAAAGGACAUCGAAGGAAAGGCGGCGCGUGGCAUCGGGGCUGGGACCCGGGAGACAGAGCGUUUCUUGGAAGUGCCGAAGCUCGAAGGGUCUGGGGAAGGCGCGAGGGCUAUGAAGGCUGAGUGGAGCGCGCGACCAGCCUGGCAGGAGAGGCAGGCAGGGGGCAAUGCAACUGCCCCUCCCAGCUCCGAGGUUCCGCCCGCCCUUUCGGGGAAGGGGUGCUCUGCUCGGAUUUCACUCAGGGGAGGGCGGCGGCACAAAGGGCAAAGAGCGCAGCGGCCCGCCAGGUUGGUUGUCUGCCACGGGCUAGACCCUUCGGCUGGACAGAGUGGAUACGCGCUUUCCUCCACCCGGUUCUCGGCCGUUGGUCUGCUCUGCCCAGCUCCCCUGCCGCCGCCGCCGCCGCCGCCGCCUCUGGAGUUUAGCAAUGCCCUUGUCUUUCGAACGGCUGAGCCUGGCAUUGCUGCUGGCUGUGGUGGCUCGGCCCGGGCUGGCAGGGCCAGUCAGCACUUGCGAUGCCAACGGGAGCCUGUACUUCGUGGGUGAAUGGUAUUCCCUGGAUAGUGACCACUGCAUCCAGUGUGAGUGCACGGCGGAAGGACCAGCUUGUGCCCGCACUGACUGCGCCGCUCUGCCGCCUGCCUGCAUUCACGUCAGUCACUACCCGGGCGACUGCUGUCCGCGCUGCGAACGCGUCGGCUGUGAGCACCGAGGGCAGGUUUAUCAACUGGGGCAGCAUUUCCAGCCUUCUGAGUGUGAGCAGUGUACCUGUGACGUGGAUGGAAUUGCCCACUGCCUAGUAGCAGACUGUGCCCCCCCACCAUGUGUCAAUCCCAUCUACAAGAAAGGCCAUUGCUGCCCCACCUGCAAGGAAGGGCCAAACUGCUAUGUAGGUGGGAGCCAGCACAACAUUAUUCCUGCUGGAGAUAGCGUCUGGGUGGGUCCCUGCACUCGCUGCCGCUGUCAUGAUGGCCAGGAUGCUGGCUACUGGGAAGGCAACCGCUUAGCCAAAUGUGAGCGGCUGGCAGGAUGCCGAGCUUCAGCUGGACACCAGUCCUGACUCCCUUUAGACAUUAAGUGGUUCCUUAACCACAUCUCACAAUCUCUUUAAGGGCUAGGUUAUAAACAAACCCCACAGGAUACCCCUCAGCCAGCUCCAAACUACAAUUACCUAUCCUAGACCCUGAUCUGGAUCCAUUUCCCUACUCCUGCUAUCUAGGCCUACUAUGCAAGACUCUUCAGAUGUUCCUGCACUAGAAUUCCCAGCAUCCCUCACCACUGGCACUCCUGGCUAGGGUUGCUGGGUGAUAUACUUCUGCAAUAGCUACAAGGCAACAACUUCCCCAUCCCUGCUCCCCAAACAUGUUGCCAGCAGCAACCUACGUUAUAUUUUAUAUAGGAUUUGACUUUUCCUCCUGUCUGUCUUUCCCUCCCAGAACUCCAGUCAAUUCCACUCAAAAGACAGCCUCUUUUCUACACCAUUGUAUUGAAUAGUUUCAUCUGCAUGUAGUCCUUGAAUAUGAGACAAUAAAGGAUCCUUAUAAAAUAGCUUCUCUUUCCUCUAGGUCUGAUCAACUAUAUGCAUAAUUUCAUGGGCCAGUUACUCUACUUCUCCCCCAUAAAAUCAAGUCGGUGUGAGAGACUACAAUAUAUUUUGGAGAUGUCUUGAAUUUGGCCUUGUUAAGAAGAAUAAAGAAAGGGGAACUACAGAUGAGAAAUUUCCAACCUAGUGCCUUCCAUAGACUUCAACAACCAACAUUUUCAGCCAGUAUAACCAAAGGCUGGGAAUUCUGGGUCCUGAAGUCCUGGCAUGUCUGGAAAGCACCAGAUUAG